AUGAAUCGCUUAAUCUUAUUUACUUUUUUGUUUAGUAUUAGCGGCUAUAGUUGUCAUGCGUUUUUCAAGCCGUACCCAAAAUUUCGAUCGAUCCCGUCCAUUGAGGAUGCAGGUGACCCGCUCUUCCUGACGCCUUACAUCGAAGAAGGUAGGAUACAAGAAGGACAGGAGGCAGCGAAGGUAAAACUGUCUGGUACCAACGUCACCAGCUACAGUGGCUACCUCACCGUCAACAAGACCUUCAACUCCAAUCUCUUCUUCUGGUUCUUCCCUUCUGAAGCAGAUCCGAAGAACGCGCCAGUAGUCCUUUGGCUUCAAGGUGGACCCGGAAGUUCUUCUCUAUUUGGACUCUUCUGUGAAAAUGGUCCAUUCUCCGUUGAUAAAAGCCUAGCUUUAGCAGAACGCAAAUACUAUUGGUCACAAUUAUUCAACGUAAUUUAUAUCGAUAAUCCAGUCGGAACAGGGUUCAGCUUUACUGAAAGUGAUUCGGAAUAUGCAACUGAUGAAGUCAAGGUAGGGAAGGAUCUUUACUCAGCUUUAUCACAGUUCUUCCAGCUUUUCCCAGAUUUGCAGAAGAACGAUUUCUUCGUCAGUGGUGAGUCUUACGCUGGGAAGUACAUCCCCUCAAUAGGUUAUACCAUCCACAAGAACAACAAAAUAAACAAACAGAAGAUCAACUUGAAAGGACUAGCAAUAGGGGACGGGUUUACUGAUCCGGAGAACAUGAUGGUAUAUGCAGAUUAUCUUUAUCAACUUGGUCUUGUGGACUUUAAUACCAGGGAAGAACUUAGGAAUUUACAAAAUGAAGUAGUGGAAUUAAUUAGGAAACAUCAGUAUUCUGAGGCAGAUAAAGCAUGGAGUAAUAUUUUAGGUAGGUUAAGUCCUGAAAUAAAUAUAUAUAACUACCUUCAGAUGGACCGCUUCGAUCCAGAAGGCAUAUUCAGUGAUUAUCUUCGGACUGACAUCGUUAGGAAAAGCAUUCACGUCGGUAAGCAUAUAUUCCAUGGUCAAGAUUAUUCAGUUUAUAAUUAUCUUUUGAAUGAUAAAAUGCAAUCUGUCAAACCAUGGGUCGAAGUAUUAUUAGAAAAUUAUCGAGUAAUGUUUUAUAGCGGCCAAUUGGACAUAAUUGUCGCCUACCCCUUGACGAUGAACUUCCUGCCCAAACUGAAUUGGACGGGCUCCGAGGGCUACAAAACUGCACCGAGGAAGGAAUGGGAGGUAGAUGGUGAACUGGCUGGGUUCUACAAGAAGGCCAAAACGUUAACAGAAGUUCUGGUCCGAAAUGCAGGGCACAUGGUGCCUCAGGAUCAGCCGAAAUGGGCCCUCGACAUGAUAACUAGAUUCAUUAACAACACAUUUGAAUGA